GACACACAGUGCGGGCGCGGCUCCCCGGUCCACCGCAGAGGCCUCUCCACCCGCGGCCGCGGCAGCCACGCGCGCGGAACCGCCGAUGCGCGCCCAGUGACCCGGACAGCGAGGCCCGCGCGCGCCGGGGCGGCGGCAGACGCCUGGCCACCGUGACCCCAAUUUUGGAUUUACCGCUCGGGGGGUGGGGGGAGCCUGGAUUUAACUGGCGGCUGUUUUGGGGGACGCCGGACGCCAUGUUGUGGAAAAUAACCGAUAAUGUCAAGUAUGAAGAGGACUGCGAGGAUCGCCACGACGCGAGCAGCAAUGGCAACCCGCGCCUCCCGCACCUCUCCUCGGCCGGGCAGCACCUCUACAGCCCCGCGCCGCCGCUCUCGCACACCGGAGUCGCCGAAUACCAGCCGCCCCCCUACUUCCCGCCCCCCUACCAGCAGCUGGCGUACUCGCAGUCGGCCGACCCCUACUCGCACCUGGGGGAAGCCUACGCCGCGGCCAUCAACCCCCUGCACCAGCCGGCGCCCACCGGCAGCCAGCAGCAGGCCUGGCCCGGCCGCCAGAGCCAGGAGGGGGCCGGCCUGCCCUCGCACCACGGGCGCCCCGCCGGCCUGAUCCCGCACCUCUCGGGCCUGGAGGGGGGCGCCAUGAGCGCCCGCAGGGACGCCUACCGCCGCUCGGACUUGCUGCUGCCGCACGCGCACGCCCUGGACGCCGCGGGCCUGGCCGAGAACCUGGGCCUCCACGACAUGGCGCACCAGAUGGAGGAGGUGCAGAAUGUGGAGGAUCAGCAUCUGCUUCUGCACGACCAGACUGUUAUCCGCAAAGGUCCCAUUUCAAUGACCAAGAACCCCUUGAGUCUCCCUUGUCAGAAGGAGCUGGUGGGGGCCGUGAUGAACCCCAGCGAGGUCUUCUGCUCCGUCCCAGGAAGACUGUCCCUCCUCAGCUCCACAUCUAAAUAUAAAGUGACAGUCGCUGAAGUCCAGCGGAGACUGUCCCCGCCCGAGUGCUUAAAUGCUUCCCUGCUGGGAGGUGUUCUCAGAAGAGCCAAAUCAAAAAACGGAGGCCGGUCUUUGCGGGAGAAAUUGGACAAGAUUGGGUUGAAUCUUCCAGCUGGGAGACGGAAAGCCGCACAUGUCACCCUCCUGACGUCCCUGGUAGAAGGUGAGGCUGUUCAUCUGGCUCGGGACUUUGCCUAUGUCUGCGAAGCAGAAUUCCCUAGUAAACCAGUGGCAGAAUAUUUAACCAGACCCCACCUCGGAGGUCGGAAUGAGAUGGCGACUCGGAAGAACAUGCUGCUGGCUGCACAACAAGUGUGCAAGGAAUUCACGGACCUUCUCAAUCAAGACCGAACACCCAACGGGAACAACAGACCCACACCAGUCUUGGAGUCCAACAUCCAGAACUGCUUGUCUCAUUUCAGCCUCAUCACCCACGGGUUCGGCAGCCAGGCCAUCUGUGCCGCCGUGUCUGCCGUGCAGAACUACAUCAAAGAGGCCCUGAUAGUCAUAGACAAAUCCUACAUGAACCCUGGCGACCAGAGUCCUGCGGAUUCUAGCAAAACCCUGGAGAAAAUGGAGAAGCACAGGAAAUGAAACAGGGGCCCACCAGGACCGAAGCGUCUGGAAGGAAAAGGGCCAGGAAACUCAUUCCCCACCGAAACAGACUGGGGACCCCCUGGCCGGGGGUGAACAGAGCUUCUCCCCGGCCUUCCCGUUCGGCCGCCUCUGCUGACCUUGUUCUCCACCGCAUUUCUGGACGGCUUUUCGGAAGGUGACAAGCGCUGGUUCUUUACUCACUAAGCUUUGAUUUCAUUGUUCGGAACCCACUCCUCCUCCUCUCUGAAGUGGUGCUACAAGUUUUAGAACUUUUUAAAUAAAUCCCCCGGGCUCACAACAAAAACCUACAUGUAGCUGUUGAAAAUGUUGAAAGAGAUUCAGAUCAACCUUUUUUUAUUCAGUGUUAAGGUAAUGGCUGGCUUCCGUGUCCACUAAAUAUUUAUCUUCAAGAAAGUAUUUAUCUAGCUUCUUCAGAUACCAGAUGCUACAUUCAGCAGGAGACAGAUUCUACCUGCCGAGCAACUAGUUCCUAGGUGGUAUUUGACACACUUUGCACCCCUGGUUCCAAGGGGAUCUUUCAAAACUUGUAAAAAAAAAAAAAAAAAAGAAAAAAAAGCCUGCUGAAUUUUUUUUUUUUAAAUAUUUUGAAAGUUAACUCUUAAAAUGGGAGAAUCUUUGAAGGGACAUGUUCCUUUAAGGUACUGAAGCUUUAUUUGCAUAUUUAUUUCACAUCUUGGUGUUUUGAGUAAACUUGAAAGGGCAGGCAUGAAGCUUUUUUUUUUUUUUUCUUUUUUUUGGGGGGGCUGCCUGUCAUCCCCAAGACCCGGAGAAGGCUCUGGAUUUUGCCAAGCAGUGUGUUGGGUGUACAGAUUUUAUUUAUGCAUAAUUUAAUGGGGUCUGUAAAUACGGGUGCACUUCUUACGACUUUUUGAGAAACGGGAUUCGAUUUUAAUAUUAGCUUUUAAAGGUGAUGGGCUAGUCUGAAACACCUCCCGAGGUUUUAUUCCUAUGGACACAGGGUAGUAAGAAUGUGGAGGGUCCUGGGCUCUGUUAUGGACGGUGGAGAUUUCUAUUUAAUGGCUGUUCACAAAGCAGUGACUUUGGCUCAUGCCUGCAGGAAGGGGCCCUGAGGUGAGUGUGUGCUAUAGCGUGUGUGGGUGAAUCGAGGUCUGGAAUUGAGCUACAUGCCUGUAAACCUCCCCGAAAUAACUGGUGUGUAUAUGAUACCUGUAUAAUAAAAAGUAUUCUCGAUAGAAGC